CAGCAGGCUGGAAGACAAAUCAGGAUCAGAUGCAGGGAGGUAGCUGUUGGGGAGGGUUGGAGCAGUCAGUCAAUUAGGAAGUAAUCCAGUGCAGCUGUGGUGUCAUGUGGUACAGCAGGAAGUCUCCCAUCCUCCUGAGAGGGGGCAGCAGCAGAAACAACAGUAGCAGUGAUGUCAGUAUUAUCGCAACUGAUCCCACUCCAAGAGCCCUGUGGCAGUUAAGGUCAAUGAUCAAAUGUACCAUUCCUAACAGUGAUCCACUAUGGAGAUUUAAUCACUAUGGAUGUUACUGUGGCUUAGGAGGAUCUGGAACACCUGUGGAUGAACUGGACAAGUGCUGUCAAACCCACGAUAAUUGCUAUUCUCAGGCUGAGACUGUUCCAAACUGCCAUUCUCUGUUCCACAACCCAUAUACUCAGAUCUAUUCAUAUUCCUGCUCUGGACCAAAUAUCACCUGUAAUGCUGACAACGACCCUUGUGAGAUGCAUGUCUGUGAGUGUGACAGAGCAGCAGCAAUAUGUUUUUCAAAAGCAAAGUAUGAUAAAGCACACAAGGAUCUGGAUAAGAAGAAAUACUGUCAAGGUGGUGACAGCAAUGCUUUUUAAUGGAACUUAAUUUACGCAGAAGAGUUGAAAUUCAUAUUGGGUGUUACAUUUAAAUUUUGGGGGGGGGGAUCCUUUAAAAUCUAAAUAUUUGCAAUUGAACCUUUCAAAAUAUAUUGAGAGCAAAUCUUGCACGGUUAACUUUUCCUUCUCUGUAACAGAGCUGCCCACAUUAUGCUCAUAUAUUCAGGACUUCACCUGAGGGCUGAAUCUCAAUAGUUUUGGUGUGCAGCCCCUAUUUCCAUUUCAGGACUGCUUGUCUGAAUAAUAUCCUGGGAUUUAGCCUUUGGUCUCUUAAAAAAAAAGAAAAAGAAAAUCUACAUCAUAUUAUUCAUUGUUAAAUUUCUCCUUCUAUUGCUUUCAGUGGGGCUUUCCUGAGCAUAUCUUGUGGUGC